GUAUAUAUUCGAGAGAUUACCUAUAGAUGAAUUCUUUCUGAAAUUCGAGGUAUUGUGAAGGCACUCUAAGUACCUACUUGGAAAUAUGGGAGGCAUCCAGAAAGAUGGUAGUUCUUUUGCAAUUAGCUGCAUUUGGAUAUAGUCAGCACUGUGAGUACUUGGGAAAUACUAUCACUUGCCAAAAGAUACAACAAGAAGAAUUCCUCAACAGAAUACUGUCACUAGCAGCGACCUAUCCGGAAGAAUACAUCGAAACCAUUGAAAUAUCGAAUUCAAAUUUCUCCAGAAUCGACUAUCUUCCUAAUCCCUCAAAAUCCAUACGUCAAUUCAGAGUGCAAACUUUGAUCAUCAAACAUUCGAACAUCACUUACAUUGCAGAUGAUGCUCUCAAUGAAUAUACAACAUUAGGGUCACUGAUACUUCGUGAUAACCAGAUAGAAAAUACUUCGUUCGCAACAGUUUUUGGAUCGCAAUUAAGUAUUUUAGAUCUGGAUCGGAACAGUAUCAAGAUAUUGGAUUUGGACAAUCUCAAGGACAUUCAUUAUUCUAGUGUUUAUCUUCAAGAAAAUAAUAUCGAAUACAUCAAACCGUCAUCUCAACAUAUAACAUUCUUUUCCCUGGAUUUGAGCUAUAACAAUAUUCAAGAAUUCAACGAAACAUAUCUUAAUUGUUUCUCAAUUUCGAUAGAUUUAAGUUAUAAUCGUCUGAAUACUUUAUAUCUUAUAAGUAAAUUAUCUUCUAGACAGAAAGAUAGGGUUGAUAUUAAAAGGAAUAACGUUUUUUCGGUUGGAGACAGUGGAUUCACUUGUAAUGAACUAUAUACUACAUCUCUUAUCAAUGCUACAAUGUCUAUUGAGAACGUUCUGAGUUUGCAUAGUUCGAACAUAGGAAUUCUGAAUAGAUCAGUUUGGGAUAUAUCUAAAUUUGAGAUUGGUAGUAGUUAUAGUAGUAGUUAUGGACAGUUAGAUUUAUCAAAUGCGUCAAUUUCAAAUAUAUCGCAGUACUUCUUCGAUAACAGGGAUGAACCUAUCGGUUUAUUGAACUUGAGUCACAAUAACAUCAAUUCAUUGGAGCACGGAAUUUUCAGAAACUUAAUAAUUCGGUCUCUAGACUUAUCCUUUUCCGGAAUUAAAAAUGUGUCUGGUAACUCUUUCGAGGGUCUUCGUGAUUUCAAAAACUUGAAAUUGGCAGGAAAUCAAAUGGAAACCAUUCAAAAUAUAUGUAAAAGUGCAACCGAGCUCACAUCUAUUGAUCUAUCAUUCAAUAAAUUGCAGUCAAUUGAUUUGGACACAUUUGCCAGCUGUACUCAGUUGAAUACCCUCAACAUUUCAAACUCUGUUAUGAAUUUCAUUGAACCGGGAAUUCUCAGCUCAUUGAUUAGUCUCAGAGUCAUCGAUUUGAGUUCAAGUAAUAUCACAUAUUUGAAAGCAUUCACAUUUUCGAACUCUUCCACCAUUAAACAAAUCGAUUUGUCCAAUAACAAUUUGAAAAUCUUAGAAAACAAUGUAUUUUAUAAUUUGUCUGUUGAAACUCUGAAGCUGAGUAACUCUCAUAUCUACUACAUUUCUGGUAAAGCUUUUAAUUAUUUGUAUAAUUUGCGGUUACUAGAUUUGUCUGGUUGUCGCCUCACAAAUAUAGAAGAGGACUCAUUCUUCAAUCUACCUCUUAUCAGAGAAAUAGAUCUUAGUAAUAAUUAUUUGAUUUCGAUACCGACUCAUGCAUUCAGAAAUAUGAAAGGUCUUUCACUGAACUUAAGUAGGAACAGAAUAGAAUCUCUGAACGAUAAUGCGUUCGAGAACGUAGAACUCAAUUAUUUAGAUCUGAGUUCGAACAGGUUGAGUGGAAUCAACACUAACUCUGUCACUAACACUAGUAUCCAGGAACUUUCACUACUCGACAACAAUAUAUCUGCAUCCAUUUCAAUCGAUGACUCUGUCAAUCUCACUUCUCUCUCAGUUAGUUUGAAUGGUGUCUUUGAGCACCGAUCUAUUUCCAGUAUAUAUUUGAAAAAACUGUAUCUAGUAGAAUCUUCUUUGGAGUUAUUGAAAAAUGACUGCUUUGUGGAAUUUCCUUAUCUGGAAGUACUGUACUUCAACAAAUCUCGGAUAGAAACGUUAGAACUAGGAGCUUUGCAUGGUCUUUACUCAUUGGAACACUUAGACGCUCCCACUCUGUUCAAUAAUAGUAAAAUUCUGAGAAACGGUACUUUAUCAGACUUAUUCAGAUUGAAAUCAUUGCAUAUAGAAACACCAAUGUUGAGUAGCUUAGAGCGAGGAAGUUUGUCAGGUCUGCAAAGUUUAGAAAUUUUGAACAUAACUGGUACUGGUAUACAAACACUGCCUUCUGGUAUUUUCAAUGAUUUGAAGAAUUUGCGAAUUUUGGAUUUAUCAAAUAACUCACUGAUAAAUCUAGACUCAAAUACUUUUUUCGAAAACCUCACCCAAUUGACUAAUCUCUAUCUUCAGCACAAUCGUCUGAGUAGCAUGCCACAAAAACUACUUAUUAAUUUACAUAAACUUGUAAUUUUGCGAUUGGAUGGUAACGCACUGAACGGAUUUGUAGCAGGGGGCUUCGAUGGCUUAGAGGCUCUAGUAAGUCUUAAUCUUUCCCAGAAUACUAAUUUAUUUCGGCAGAAUGGUGCUUAUAGUGCUGUUGCCUUGAGAACUUUAAAAAAUCUGCAAAUAAUGAAUAUUGCUAAUACUUAUAUCGAUGAGAGAAUUCUGGAUUAUAGCACGCUUCGAAUUUCUUUUCCAAAAUUGAAAUCGAUAAGCAUUAACAGCAAUAGGUUUCCUUGUACUGGUUUGUUGAAAAUGUUGGAGUACUUUGAAGAUAGAAGUAUAACUUAUACACCUGAGAACCCCACAUACGAUACUCCUAAUUUGAAUGGCAUUGCAUGUAUAGCUCAGUAAAACAGUAACUAGGAAAACCUUCUUGUGGAAGGAAUUCAAUCUGUUUCUCUGCAAUUCAUACCGGUCUGACACGAAUAAUUUUUCGAUAGAGAAUCGAUUCAUAGGCGUCGUUGCCCCAGCUACUCAACUAUAGCACGCGUGUGACAUAUGACGUACGAUUUCUCUAUAGGAAAAUCAUUCUUGGCAGACGUGUUUAUUUCUGAGGAUGCUGAAUCCGUAUUUGAGGUUCAAUAACAAAAUUUCUUGGAUUGUUCCGAGAUAUUACCAAACAACACGGAUUUUCCUCACACAGAUCCAUUGAAUCAAAUCUUGUGCUAUACACUGAUUAUAUUUUGAGUGCAAUGGACAACCAGACUCAGGUUGACUCUGUGUACACCAAUUUCAGUAAGGCAUUUGACAAAAUUGAUCACAAUAUUCUAAUUCAUAAAUUAUCUGAAAUCGGGGUACACGGGGACCUUCUGAGAUGGCUUUCUUCAUAUUUAUUCAAUAGAAAACAAACGGUUGUUGUCAAUGGCCCUAGUUCUAAAUCAUUCACUUUUACAUCUGGUGUUCCCCAGGGAUCACAUUUGGGGCCCCUGUUGUUCAUUAUUUUUAUGAAUGAUGUCUGCUGAUGACAUCAAAAUUUAUGCCAGUAUUAUAAUUGUAUAUCUGAUUGCAAUCUAUCAUAGGAGGAUUUGAAUAGAUUUCAUAAUUACUGCAUCAAAAAUAAACUUUUACUAAACCUGAACAAAUGUUGUCAUAUUACUUUCACUAUAGAAAUAUCACCACCUCCUCAUAUGAUUACAACUUUAACAGUGUUACUCUCAAUACAGUGAAAGAGAUUAAAGACUUAGAGGUAAUUUUUGAUACGAAAUUCAAUUUCAAUCAGCAUUUAGACCGUUUAAUUACUCCUUGUAACAUAAUGCUAGGUUUUAUUAUCAGAUGUUGCAAGUAUUUCAAGUCCACAGCAGCUUUAAAAUCAUUAUAUUUCGUGUUAGUACACAGCAAACUGAACAUUGCAUCAGUUAUUUGGAAUCCACACUAUAACCUACAU